UCCUCGUAGAGCAUCACACACAACCUUUCGUUCGCUACCCAGCCUAUCGUUCGCUUUCCAGCCACCCUUAAACCAACACAUCCGCCGAAAACAUCACAAAAUGAAGUCAGCUACUGCAUUCCUCCUGUGCGCCUUCUUGGGUGUCGCCUCCGCACGUAUGGCCUACCAGUUUGCCGCCGGGUACGAAGAGAUCGUAGGGCAGCCUUCCCAGACCUUCUCCUGCGACAACAGAGCCUACGGAUAUUACGCCGACGUCGACAACGACUGCAGGGUCUUCCACGUCUGCCUCCCAGUCGUCGAUGAAGUUGGAGAGACCCUCUCCGUCGACCACUUCUCCUUCAUCUGCGGAAACCAGACGGUCUUCAGCCAGGAGUCCCUCACCUGCGCCGACCCCUUGGACGCGUUCCCCUGCGAACAGGCGCCCACCCUCUACGACGUCGUCAACGCGGAAUUCGGCAGAAUCCCCGAUUCUGACUACUAGUGGAAGAUGCGCGAUUCUGAACGUCACUGAUGUUUCCCCAAGCUCAGUCGGAGGAGGCCGAUUGGAACCACAACUCCAACGCCUCCAUUUCAGUUCAUUUUAACAUCGGAGAGCUCUCAAUUUUACAAAGUUCCAAUAUUUUCUAUUUUCUAAAAAAUCCCACAGUAUUUUAAAUUGUACGGACGUUCCUUGUGAAUAUUUUCCAAGCAUUGCGAUGAGUUUCUUCAUAAUUUUUCUUUCUUUUGCAUUUGAGAGAUGUAUUUUUUUCUGAAUUACCGAAGAGUAUUAGUUGGUUGGACCUGUUGCAAGCGUUCGAUUAUUUUGGUGGUCAGUGCCACAGAUGGUGAUAUGUGAUAUUUGUGUUCCUUUCUUAGUUACUUCAUAUGAUUUAGAACCAUAUUUUUCUUCUACUGUAUUUUUUUUUUUUACAUAGAAUAGUUUUCAACCUGUUUUAAAAGCGCCAUUUAAAUUAGUGUCGUCACUUUGUAAUUUAGAAAAGAUAAUUCUCUGAAAGUUAUUGACUUCAUUUUGAUGUUAAAAUCUAGUUCAUAUAAAAAAAAAGCUGAGACUUUAGGGGAAGUAGGUGUAGAAUUUCAUUGAUAUAUAUAUAUAUUUUUUGAUCAAGGAUGCAAAAUGCAAACAUAUCCUGCCAGUAUUUCAUACAUUAACGUACAAAAAAUAACACACAUACUCUUAUUUAACAAUGUACACAUUAUCCAUAACAGUUUGAUAGAUUAAAAAAAAAAUAUUGUAUAUAAGUAUGAAGCCCACCUAAGAAUGUCGUUAGUUUUCAUGUCAAGUAAUUUUACAUCUUGUGUGUAGAAGCAAUAAGGGCUGGUUUUCCCUUCUUGCCUAUGUAUACAUAAUCAGCUGGACUGUAUCAUGAAAACAGGAUAUAUAUAGGGUAAAAAAAAAUGUUGUAUAAAAAAAUAAAAAAAAAAUCUCCCAAACGCUGUGUUUUGGAGGAGCUGUAGAUAAGAUAUAAGCGAAUAAAUAAGUGCACGAUUA